AUGUCUAUCGAAACAACUGGUCUCUCACCAGAGCAGCUAGAAACCUUCAACCACGAUGGCUACCUCAUCCUCCCUGGUGCUCUCUCUGGCCCCACCGUCAAGUCUCUUCUAGACGAAACUCACCAUCUUCUUGAAUCUUUCUCCCUGGAGGAUCACCCUCUGACACGCUUCUCGACCGGUGAGAAACGUGAUCAUGUUGGUGACGACUACUUCCUCACCUCAGGCGACAAGGUUCGCUUCUUCUUCGAGGAGGACGCUUUUGACGAUGAAGGAAACCUUAUAAAGCCCAAAGCUCUUGCUGUCAACAAGAUCGGCCAUUAUCUUCACGCCUUGUCACCCCCCUUUGCGCGUCUGCUGGAACAUGAUGCCAGUAAGGUUAGCCCACCAGCGGUAGCCCGCAGUCUUGGCUUCAAAGAUCCACGAUGCCUCCAAAGCAUGGUCAUCUGCAAACAGCCAGAAAUAGGCGGGGCAGUUCCUCCUCACCAAGAUAGUACUUUCUUGUAUACGAAGCCGCCAUCGGCGGUGGGCUUCUGGUACGCUCUUGAAGAUGCUACUCUUAAGAACGGAUGUCUGAGUUUCCUACCUGGAUCGCACCGAUGGGCGCCAGUGGAAAAGAGACUUGUGCGUAAGGCGGAUAAUGCCGGUACGGAGAUGGUGGAUAAUGAUGGACCCCAGUUUCCAGCGACCGAUGGUUAUGGAGAGUAUGCGCCAGAAGGGCAGCAUGAGUAUAUCCCUGGCGAAGUCAAAGCUGGCGAUUUAGUUCUCAUCCACGGAAACCUAUUGCAUAAGAGUGAGAAGAACACAAGUUCGAAAGGAAGGAUUAUUUACACAUUCCAUAUCAUCGAAGGACAGGAGAAGGACUACGACGAGAAGAACUGGCUGCAGCCUCCCAAAGAAGGAUUCACCAGAUUGUACGCCUAA